CAAAGAGAGGUUUCAAAAGAUCUAUGGGAAAACAUCUCACACACACCAUCUCAUUUUUAUUUUGAACACCGCUGAACUGCAUUAACAUACAAAGUGGUGUUCUGUUAUGGUUUUGUUGUGAGCAUUUGAGAAAUCUCCAUUUAGUAUUGUCCCAAGCGCCAAUGGAUAAACAUCUUGGAUAGCCGAACAAGCAACAAAAACCAGUCAUCAUUUAGAUAAACAGGCACAACUUAUUGUUGCUGCUGUUGUGCAAAUUAUACAAGUUUUGAAAAUUAAUUGAAACAAAAUAUUAAAUAUUCGCAACAGAAGAUGCCUUCCAAAUGUGAAUUUCAUUUGAACAGUCCCAAUGGGGUUUAUUACAGCGGCCAAUGUGUUAGCGGAACUAUUGUUUUGAAAACCGAAUCCGAGAAAGACAUACGCAGCAUUCGCAUACGUUUCUUGGGUGAAUCCAAGGUUAGAUGGGAGGAGCGUGAAUCUUAUAGAUCAAAUGGCAAAACCAGGCACAGAACUGUCUAUUUUCGAGCCAAUGAAGUGUACAUUGAUAAUACCACAAUGGCGCGUGGCGCUGGAAAAAUGCCUCGCGGAACAUAUACAUUUUCUUUCAACAUCAUUUUGCCCAUGGCUUGUCCCACAUCGUGUGAAGGCAAAUAUGGGCAUACACGUUACGCUUUGUGGCUGAUAGUGGAUAGACCUUUGCGUUUUGACAACGAAUUCAGUAAACCUUUGACCGUACUUAGAACAGUGGAUCUCAAUUUGAACCCAGCAUACAAGGUACCUGUGCAAGCUGAGGAGAUGCGUUCUUUGGGAUGCUGGCCCUGCAGCAGUGGCAAAAUUACUUAUAUCCUGCGAGUACCCUUCGGUGCCUAUGCUCCAGGCCAAACACUACGCUAUUCGUUGCUUAUACAAAAUCAAUCUAUGGCCGAUAUAAGCGGCUAUGAAGUCGAGUUUAAUGAAGUUGUAACAUUUACAGCCCACACACCGCGUCACAAGACACGCAGAACAGACAACACACUGGCCCAACAAUCUCAUGAGGAUAAAUGUUUACGCCUCUCAAAUCGCGAAUUCCAAGGUGAAUUGGUCUUACCCUCACUUCCCCCGGACACAGAAGGCGGUGGCAUUAUACAAGUCAGACACUCAUUGGAUUUUGAAUUGGAAGUGGAUGGCUGUCAUACCAACAAAAAUAUAUCGAUUCCCAUAUUCGUUGGCACUGUGCCCAUUAGGGAAAGUCUGAUGAACAUGCCGGUGGCAGGGCCUUCAGAGCCCGUUGACAAUCGUUUUAUGGAUAUUUUGCCAUCGGCCCCACUGCUGCCACCGAAUAAAGACAAUUCGGACAAACCACCAUCCUAUGCAGAUUUUAAACCCCCAUCGUUUGAAGAGGCCGUCCGCAGUUCAUCACCUUUCAAGGAUCCCGAUGCUAAUGAGCAUUCCCAGGUUAUUGGCUUUAGGCCUUUGUAUCCUGUCUAUCCAAACGCAGAUCAAAGCUAGUAACUUUUAUUUACUGGGAACUCUGCCAAUUAGCCAAAUAAAAGUAUCGAGUGAAUCUAAGUCAAAUGUCCUUAAUCAGUUGUAAUACCUCACCACCAAACUCCUUAUGAAUAAAACAAAUUUUUCAUUAUGCUA